GCUUACGGUCAUAAAGAAAACAGGGUGGAGUCGGCGAAGACAAGGCGUUGGCGUUGGAGGUUUGUAGAGUGGGCGGAGGUGAGGGAAUGGUUUCAAGUUUCAACCAGGCAUUUCCAAUGUGGUAAAGAAACAAAACACGUCUUCGGUGACGAUUCAAUCACAACGACACUUCUUCCCUACACGUGGUGGUAAAGAAAAGGAAGAUGACUUGGGUCUCUCGCCCACGCCGGCCGUUUCUCUAUAUAAAACACGGUGAUGAGUCUUCGUCUUCAUUCACAAAUAACACUGUUUGUUCCACUCUCUUUGUUCGUCUCUGCGUCCUUAUUACCAGUCCAUAUCAGCAGCGUCUAGCAUACGCGGUUCGAGGAAAGCGUGAAAAUGGCGGACGGAAUCCGAUUCUUCGAACUGAACACCGGAGCUAAGAUCCCCUCGGUAGGGCUCGGCACGUGGCAGUCAGACCCUGGCCUCGUCGGUGAAGCCGUCGCCUCCGCCAUCAAGGUUGGGUACCGCCAUAUCGAUUGUGCUCAGAUCUACGGCAAUGAGAAGGAGAUUGGGGCUGCUUUGAGGAAGCUGUUUAAUGAUAGUGUCGUGAAGCGUGAGGACUUAUGGAUCACCUCCAAACUCUGGUGUACCGAUCACGCCCCAGAAGAUGUACAAGAGGCAUUAGACAAAACUUUGCUGGACUUGCAACUUGACUAUCUGGAUCUGUAUCUAAUCCACUGGCCGGUUAGCAUGAAGAAAGGGUCAGUUGGCUCUGAUCCUGAAAAUCUUACCCAACCUGACAUACCAAGUACAUGGAAAGCAAUGGAGGCAUGCUAUGAUUCUGGAAAGGCUCGAGCUAUUGGAGUAAGCAAUUUCUCUUCAAAGAAGCUUGGGGAUCUAUUGGAGGUAGCACGAGUGCCUCCUGCUGUUAACCAAGUGGAGUGCCACCCUUCAUGGCAGCAGCCAGGAUUACAUGCAUUUUGUAAAUCGAAAGGAGUUCACUUAUCUGGGUAUAGACCAUUGGGUGCACCUAGUAAGGGGUAUAAGAUUGAGGUACUUAAGAAUCCAAUUCUCAAUAUGAUUGCAGAGAAAUUGGGGAAGACUCCUGCACAAGCAGCUCUUCGUUGGGGGCUACAAAUGGGUCACAGUGUACUGCCUAAAAGCACAAAUGAAGCAAGGCUCAAGGAAAACUUUGAUGUUUUUGACUGGUCUAUACCUGAAGAUUUGUUUGCCAGGUUGUCUGAAAUUGAGCAGGAGAAGCUAGUUAAGGGCACUGGAUUUGUUCAUGAGACGUUUGGUGCCUACAAGACCAUUGAAGAACUAUGGGAUGGUGAGCUGUGAGCAGACAUCAGAUAUUUGAAACAUUGUGGCAUGUCACAAGAGGGGUGUCUGGUGGCGGUGGCUGAUGCGUAAAGAAUAUUGGUUCUUGCAAGUUGCAAUCUCCAUGGAGGGAAAAUGACUCUUUGCACAACGGUGCGUAAGGUAUUACAGACAUGGGGUGGGUCCUAUGUGAUGGGUUCCACCACAUGAGAGGGUGCGUUGAACACGUGCUGUGGAGAAGGGGUUUGGGGACGAAGAGGAGGAGGUUGGAGAGAGCGGAAAGAGGUCCGUGGAUGGAGAGAAAGUUGACGAAGAGCAGCACAUUGGGCUUCAGAGCCACGUAUCCGUCUAAAGGCGUUGGCGUUGGAGGUUUGUCGAGUGGGCGGAGGUGAGGGAAUGGUUUCAAGUUUCAACCAGGCAUUUCGUAUGUGGCAAAGAAACAAAACACGUCAUCGGUGACGAUUCAAUCACAACGACACUUCUUCCCUACACGUGGCGGUAAAGAAAAGGAAGAUGACUUGGGUCUCUCGCACGCGCCGGCCGUUUCUUUAUAUAAAACACGGCGAUGCCUCUUCGUCUUCAUUCACAAAUCACACUGUUUGUUCCACUCUCUCUGUUCGUCUCUGCGUCCUUAUAACCAGUCCAUAUCAGCAGCGUCUAGCAUACGCGGUUCGAGGAAAGCGUGAAAAU